AUGCUUCGUCGUACCCCUCUUGUGUGUCACUACAGAGCCUCGCUGGAGCUGGAUCGCAUCCGGAGCAUGCUCCGCGGCCGGGCCCGCUUAGAACGGAAAGUUGGGCUAAAGCGUUUGUUUUUUCUUAUGCGCACACAAACCCGGUACCGUGUAGAACAGCAGUCGCACUGGAAUCGUGCAAUCGUGAGAAAGAAUGUCGACAGCGCGGCCCAUGAGCAUGGCACCGGAUGGCCGCAGCUGCGGAAUGAGUUGGGGCGGCAAAACAUAUUGCUGCUUCCCCGCUCACAACAGAUGCUUGCUCAGUAUGAGCCACUGGCGUUCCGCGCGGUUGUGGAGCUUUGCGCCUCACGUAUUCCACCACCACCGCCUCCCGUGUUUGCAAAGGUGCCGGAGGAAGCAUACAUGCCACGACCUAGCAAUCCACAGGAUGCUCAUCCGGCCGCUCGAGUGGAGCUGCGACGUGGCGUGGAGCGUGUGUUACAAUGUGGUCCCUCCAAGUUGCGGGAGGCCGUGCAUGGCGAUGUUGAUCGACUGAUGGAGGCAUGGAAGGAGUUUGAUGUUGCUGCGGGAGGAAGGGAAAAGUGA